AUGAAUGAAGAAGACGGCGAGCCAGGCGAUGUUCAGAACACAUCCACGAGCUAUUGGCAGAAUGCGCUCAACGCGCGAUUAGAAGCUCUUCCCUCAGCGGAAGACUCAAUGACAGAAGAAGCGUUUAUCGCUGCCUACGACCUUGAACGCGAUGCAGUGGAUUCCAUGAGCAGAAGACUUGCAUCGCUCCGUAACUUUCAACUCUCGCUCAUACGAGAGCGCCGCAACGCUCGAUGCGAGGUCACCCGCAUUCUACCGCCAGAACUACUCAGACUGGUCUUCCUGUACCACUCUUAUAUAUCGGAGGAAUAUCGAGACCUGAUUUAUCACCCUUGGAGGCGCAAUACAAUGUUAGUCGUGGCUGGCGUUAGUCGCCGCUGGCGCACAAUCGCGCUCAAUACGGGUGAACUGUGGGAUCAUCUGCACAUGGACAUGUCGAAUCCUUUUUGGUCGACUUGCUGGGAUCGUUCGGCGAACCAGCCGCGCACUAUCGACGGGCAUUGGACCGGUAGUGCACCCGUGUCACGGCGCGAAGCCAUCAUAGAUAACCUUGCUCACGUAGGAGAACUCCGCCUGUUCCUUUCCGCGAUGUACACCAGUGAUCGUGUGGCGUCUCAAGCCCUCCUUCUGAGCUCCGCUCCUCGACUUCACAUUUUGGAUCUAUCUGGGGAAGUUGGCACAUGGCACGCGGCCUUGGGCGACUUCAUUGAACAUCGCACCGCUGCUCUUCAGUCGUUGGUAUUGCGUGAUAUCCAUUACCCGUGGGGAAUCAGCAUUGCCGCACUCAGAUCCCUUACAUUGACAACUUUCCCUCACCAAUUCAAUCAGAGGGUCAGACGGCCCCACGAAAUGUGCCUUUUCAGCGAUGUCCUUCGUACGCUGCACACGGCCGUGCAUCUGGAAGAGCUGAUACUACUGGGAGAGCAUGUUUUCGCUCCCCCAGAGCAACCCCCAAUGCCGAGUGUGGACCUUCCAGUUCGCCAACUCUCGCUAUCGCAUCAUGCCGUUGGCCGGCAAAUGUCUCUUGCACCAGGCUGUCUCCUUGCCGCGUUGAAAGCGGGAUCUACGAUGAACGUCAACAUGCUAUAUGAAGGAGAUUUCGAUCUAGUGGCAGUAGCCAAACAGACAGCACUGCUGUUACAAAACCAUCUAUCUAGUCGUGGAGCGCCAGGCCCUCCGGAGUUCACCGUCUUACAUCUCUUGGGCGACUGUCCCGAGGGUACACUCACAUUUUGGUUAGGUUUUGACACGAUACUUUUACCAACGCCCGUCGGCCCUGAGGAGGGUGUUCACCCCGUGGACCAACAUUCAUCAUUACGCGUGCAAUAUGUUCAAGCAGGGAACAUGCUCGACAUCCGGCUCCAACGAGACGAUGUCCGCUCUUGUACAACCACCCUCCUGCGCAGCCUUUCGAGCAGCCACAUCGAGCACCUUCAACACAUCGUGCUGACAGGUCUUUGGUGGCAUAAAAGUACUACGCUUGGCUUCCUGAGCCGCGCUCGUUGCGUGGAAAGUUUGACAAUCUAUGCAUCUACGAUGGCCAUGGCCCAAGCAGCAGCUGCACUCCUCACCGAUAUCAUACAUACGCCGUCAUCGGCCACCGCGUAUCCCACCGCGGGACUCCCUCCCGGCUCGAUGCUUCUUCCAUCUCUGCGCACCUUGCACGUUAUCGGAGUGCCCUUCAACGCCGAGGUUCAGGAUGAUGGAUUGGUCAACCUGAAGCUCGAUGCGGUGAUGUCGCGGUUUCUGGACAAGCGAAACGCGCUUGGGUGCGGGAUAGAGUGCUUACACCUCGAGGAUUGUUUCCCGAUCGAUGAGCGCUUUCUUAGCCUCUGGAACAACCUUGUGCCACGAGUAAUCACUACUGAUCCCAUGUAUGACUAG